CAUUGACCUCCAGCUCUCAAGCACCUGCCUCACUCGUGCUUGCGACGACCACAUUUCCAAACCACCACCCCUCCUACGGACGAUCGAACUCCCUCCAACACAUCCUCAGCAUAUCAACUCCCUCCAACAUUUCCAAAAUGCCCGCAAAACGCAAGCCACCAACCCAAAAACCCUCGUCCUCAACAACAGACGUCCCCCGCCCCCGCGCCUCCAAACUCGCCAAAGAACACAACAUCUCCGCCCACGAAGAGCGCGAGAUCCGCGAAGCCUUUUCCCUGUUCGCCGAACCCCUCAAAGGCUACUCCAAAGAAGGCGUCAUCCCAACCUCGGACGUCCGCUCCUGCCUCGUCGCCCUCGGCAUCCCGCCCUCCUCCCGCGAAGAGCAGGCCGAGUUCGUCGAGAUCUUGGACCCGGAGGGCGAAGGUUUCGUCGCGUACGAGCCGUUCUUCGCCGUGUGUGCGUUGAAAUAUCAUCAGAGGGAGGAGCGGGGCGGAGGCGAGGCGAGGAGGAGGGAGGUGGAGGAGGCGUUUGGGCUUUUCACGGGGGCCGGGGCUGGCGGUGGAGGCUCUUCGGCGUCGGGUUCUGCUGGCCCACGGGAUGUCAUCACGAUUGCGGAUCUCAAGAGGGUUGUUGCCGUGCUUAGGGAGGACGUCAAGGACGAGGUGCUGCGGGAUAUGAUCCUCGAGGCCAACGGGGGCGCGGGCGUGGGCAAGGGAGUGAGGAGGGACGAGUUCGAGGAGGUCAUGCGGCGGGCUGGGGUUUGGCGAUGAUUGCGCGCGCGCGUGCGAUCUACAUCACUGGCUGGGUUGGACGUUGAGAGGCUUCGUGGCCUAUGUGGUGGGUUUGGUCCUGCAUUAUACCCCAUUGUGCUGGCGUUUGGGAGGCACGGCGAUUGUAUUUUCCUUUCCUUUAUUGUUUUGGGGCGCGCUUAUAGCAUCUACGGGCUACUUCUACUCUCGUGAUUCGAACUUCUACCCCACGGCUUCAAGGUUCACAAUCCACAUGAGUG